AUGGCGGCUGCCCCACGCGUCCCCGGGCUCGGCCCGGCGUCCGCACAGGCCAGGAUCAACGUCAUCCUGGUCGGCGGCGUGGCAGCCGUGGGCCUGGCCGAAGUCCUGCAGAGGUUCCUGUCACGCUUGGCCGAAGCCGAGGUCACCGUGAGCGCCGUGGAGAGGGCAGCGGAGUGUCUGGCCAGCGGUGCGUUCAGCAUGACUUUCUUGAGGACGACAUCUCUGUCGAUGGCCGAGGAGCUGGAGGUGGUGGCCAUGAUCAGGGCUGCCAAGACGGAAAAUGCGCACCUGCUGUUUGUUCUUAUAAUUCCUGAAAACUUUGAAGAUUGUAUUUCAGGGCAUGGGGCUGACAUCAUUCUGACAGAGCCGCUGACGAUGGAGAAGGUGAAGAUUCUGGUCAAUUACUGGAAAAUGUGCUUCUUGAAAACAGUUGGGGAUGCGGCUUCAGCACGGCCAGGAGAACCGGCGUUGCCCCCUCAGAGGCCCUGCGGCGAACAGCGAGAACGUUGCUCUCCCAGGCUGGACACGCCCUCUGAAUCGGCAGGUGACGUCAGGCCUCCACGCUCUGGCUUCAAGAAGGGCCAGCUGAACUCUCACCUCCAUUCCAACAAGGAGAAGCUGAGAAGGGAGCGGAUCAAGGAGUGCUGUGACCAGCUGCGUCUGCUGCUGCCGCAUCAGAAGGGGAGAAAGAACGACAUGGCCUCCGUCCUCGAGGCCACGGUGGAGCACAUGCAGCGCGUCCGCGAGAGGAUCCCCCCGGCCGUGAUGGGGCAGAUCUCGGAGGUCCUUCAGAACAACUGGAGGUUCUGUAAGAAGCAUCCGGGGCCCAGCCCUUGGUCCCUGCUGGGGGUGGCGGCCCACAGAGGCGGCUGUGGCAUGCUGCGGACACCGUGCUCACCGCUGCUGGACCUCAGCCUCCUCCCACGGGCACGUGUGGCCGAGCAGCCCGCAGGGGACUCCGGGGAUGAUGCCAAGACAGCUUUAGGCUGGAUGGCGCCAGUGUGACGUUCUCUGUGGCCACCCCCGUCUGGACGCUGCUGACAGGACAGGAAGAUGGAUGCACACUGGGAAGCAUUCACACUGACUGCUCCAGCAGUGAGGGGGUGCUGGCUGACCCCUGCCCUCCCCUGUGCCCCUGAGACCACCCCCAUGCAUGAAACUCCCCAGGACAAGUGGCCAGGGUGGCUACGCUUCUGUUCUCGAGAAAGUGACCCCAUAGCUCCCAGAAGCCCCACACAGGCCCGGCGAAGUGGCAGGGUGGACACCCCAGGGUCAGUCCCCUCGUUCACUUGUGGCCACAGUUACAGCAAGUCCCUGUCACCCCAGGGUCUCCCAUGACUGCAGGGGUGUGGCUUCCCCACCGCCUUUCUGGAGCCCUAGGAGGCUGGGGUGGCUGGUCAGGUCCCACGUUUGAGUAGGAAUUCCUCCUUUCCCGCUGGCCGACCCAUCAGACAAGGUGCCCCUGCCCGUGUGUCACCCCCCCCCACCCAAGCGGGCAUAAAGGAAGAGAUCCCCAAUCUUAGCCACUUGACAACCAAUCAGAGCCAGAGGGGCGCCCAACAACCUUGUGGGUAACAGUUCCUACUGUAGAAGGGGACCUGCCUGGACCCCGAGGGUAUGUGGGCGCCUCCUUUUAGUAGUAAAAUCUAGUUUUCUGAUUUUUAUUUGAGUCGCUUACACGCAUUUUGGGCACAGCCCACAUAUUGUUUCACUGCCCCGCGGGGCAGGCGAAGGCGUCGAUGAGCGCAGCUUUAUAAAUCAAUGAGACUCCAA